AUGGCAAUGAGGACAGGUUUGGAUCGAGUCCGCAUUGCUGGCGGUGGAAGUGGUGGUGGUGGUGGUGGUGGUGGUGGUGGUGGUGGUGGUGGUGGUGGUGGUGGUGGUGGUGGUGGUGGUGGUGGUGGUGGUGGUGGUGGUGGUGGUGGUGGUGGUGGUUGCGAGGGAUGGUUUUGGUCAGUUACCUGACUAAUCAGCGGCCAAUCCUGGAGGGCAUUUGUAGAGGUCGGGGCCCAAAGUGAACACUAGGCGGAAGACACCUGGACGAUUGUGUUCAUAGGAUAGGAAAGUCGAACGUACCACCGGGAACCUUGAAUCCUGCUCGCUCGCCUGUCACCCUACUUUCGUCUCGCUGACACCAUGAAAUCGAUCGAUAGUUUUGUCCUCAGCGAUUGGUCGUAGUCUCAUGAAGUUCAGGCUUAGGUACAUACUUUGUGCUUAGGCAAACAUUUAAACUACUGGCACUCAGCUGGUGAAAAUAACCCUGGCCUCAGCCAGCCGAGCCGUGCGUUUGCUCUCUCGCCAAGUAAAGGUUGUCCAAUAACUCUGUCUACUCCGACUUUUUAUUCGGGAAAUCCUGAGUUGUCGAGAAUUGCACCUUGAUAUAGUCAUCAUUGAUAGAGUGCGCAAGAUCAGGGCCUGAAACUGUUCGAAAUGUACCGUCAAGUUACACAGCGGUAGUCUCUUCAGAAAAUGAACCCGCACCUAGGCGUACCACAAUGCUUCCUGGUCAACAAAUAUACACUGACCAGGAUUUUUCACCCCAAGAAAAGUAUGAGGAGACUGCUUGGAACGUAAAGUGACACGGAAAAAACCUGUAACUGGACCUGUAGCAGCAACGCUGAUCCACAAUACACACUGCCCAGGAUUUAGAUUCAAACGAAAAACAAGGGGAUCGGCGGGCGCAGCCAGGGCCGCUCCUAGGCGUGCCGACAUACCCGACUCGCAUCCCUUGAAAGGGCAGUACCAUAGAGGCCACCUUAUGCAGGAGCCAUUGCAGUCUGACUCUCAGACCACCAGUCGGCACUCCACAAAAACGCACGACACCGGUCCGACUGGGAAGUCCAAGUUAUCCAUCAGUUGGCAGCCUUUCAAGAGGAGGAUGCCACAACUCGCUUGGCAAACAUGAACAUGGCCUGUGGACCUAGCGGGAGCGCAAACGCACCUACCGGCAGGGAAUCAGGCGCACACGAGGGCCGUGGUUGCUGAAGCAUGACAAACCAGACGCACAGGAUGACUACUGCCUUCAAGGGUGAGACAGACAGGCCUGCAUUUGGCCUAGGCCAUCACCUUUCAAAGGCCGGGUAACCACUCAGUCGUCGACUGAGAAGCACUACCCAUAUAACCCAUAUGUUGAAAUACUUUAAGGCGGGCCGUUCGCGUCACGCCAAAAAAACUGCCUUGGGCAUGGGAUGCCCUCGUCGGCUAGAACUUUUCAGGUUGCCCCUUGUGCAGUUCCGCAUUACACGAGUCUGCGCCUAUCCAGGAGGAUAAGUGAUCACCGCCCAACGUGACUGGAAAAUUGACGAAAUUAGGGGAAAAGCAGCACUACUCUCGCACAACUGAUUGUUUCAGGCUAUCUUGUGUACCCCAAGAAAGCUUUCCGAGGUUCGAUGGAAAUAAAAAGGUGAAAUGCAUGAUACAGUUUAGAAUAAAAAGAAGAAGAAGAAGAGGAGAAGGAGGAGGAGGCUGCUGCUGCUGCUGCUGAUGAUGAUGAUGACGACGACGACGACGAUGAUGAUGGUGGUGGUGAUGAUGAUGAUGAUGAUGAUGAUGAUGAUGGUGGUGGUGGUGGUGGUGGUGGUGGUGGUGGUGAUGAUGAUGAUGAUGAUGACGACGACGUGAUCGCUUGA